UCAGAUUCCUAUAAAGAAGAAGCCUUCUACUAAGAAAAAAUCGAUCGUUACUUUGGAACAGGAAGUAUUUCUUGAAUCUCUUAAAUAUAUGAUAUCCGAAUUAGUACCCCAUUGUCCUAAGGAGAUUCUCAUUGAAGCUCGUGUAUUUCUUAAUAAUCUAUUUAUAAAGAUGAAGGACCAAUUCGAUUCAUAUUAUGGCGAAAAGUAUACAGUCAAGGAACGAAAUAAGGUAUGGGAGAUUAUUGCGAAAAAAUAUCUAACUAUUUUCCAAUCACUUAUUGAAAUUAUUAAGGACCAGUCUCCAAACCCUUCGAGUCACAAAGAAACGAAUCGUGAUUAUGAGCUUAUAUCUUCACCAGAAAAACUUGACAAUUCCAUUACAUUAAAUCACGCCAUUAAAGUAUAUCAAGGAGCACAAAUAAGGCAAAAUUGGCCUAACCCUUUUGAGAUUGAUUUUCUCGAUAUAAAAGAACCCAACAAUGUAGCAACAAUAUCUUGUAGAAUAGGUGACUUAAUAAUACCCCACGCAAUUCUAGAUACCGGUGCAGAUGAUUCAUUGUAUACAGAUAACAUUCCUAAAUAUUUAGGGAUAAAAAUAGAUACGAAAAAUGUUCACAAACUUACAGGUGCGGUUGGAGAUUCCCAGUCUAUUGGUACAUCAUAUAAUAUACCUAUAUCUAUAGAUAGUGGAAACGAUUCUAUAACAGUUUAUGAAAAAGAAAUAUCUGUAAUCCCUACAAAAAAAGAUCGAAAUGGGAAUGAUAUAUCUAUAAUGAUACUUGGUACAAAAUGGCAACAUCAUAUCGGAUGGGAUCCUAUAGUAAAAGGGGAAUUUAUAGCAACACACAAUGGAAAGACUAUUACAAUUCCUCUUUCUACUCGCAAAGAAUCACGCAAUGCAUUUAAUACAGAAAAAUUACAGGCAUCAGAGAUUGGUUCGAAGAGCCAUGAUUCGGAGAAUCGCCUAACGUCCUGCCCCACAAUAAAAAAAAAUGCGUGA